AUGGCUACUCCGCAACUCCUCUGCGUUUCACCUCCUACCGCCAGUUCACUCUCCGAGCUUGUUCUCUCAACGCUUACUGGGCGCGCAGUCCAUAUAUCUCAGAUCCGACCAUCCGAUCCCAUCCAUAUGGGCCUUGCCCCCCAUGAAAUCUCCUUUUUACGACUCUUGGAAGCUGUUACCAAUGGCUCACAUAUGGAGAUUUCCUACACUGGUACCAUCGUCCUCUAUAAACCUGGUCUCAUAACCGGGAGUGCCCCCGGCUCCGGCGCAAGUGGAGGUGUCAUAAAACAUGAGAUCCCUUCCAACUGUAGUCGUGGCAUUAGUUAUUUUUUACUUCCAAUGUGCCUCCUUGCGCCAUUCUCCAAAGCCCCGUUUAACAUCCUCUUCACCGGUCCUGGUGUCAUCACCUCCUCCACUCCAACUGGCGAUAUGUCUGUGGACAACGUCUCCUCAGCGCCUUUAGUCGCUGCACCGACUAGAGAUAACCCUUCCAACAAAAAGAAAAUUGGGCUUGGCUUUGGACUGUCUUUGGUAGCCGAAUCGUCCACUGGUUGCUUAUUCUCCGCGGAUGUGGCGUCGUUACCCACUGGCGGCAAGCCGCCAGAGGACAUCAGCAAACGUGGGUGGAUGUGUCUCGAGAGCUGCUGCUCCAACGAUGAUAACGCUGAUGGCGAUGGGUUCUGA